AUGGAGAACACCUCUACUCAAAGAACUCGAGAUGAAGGAUUAAACCAGUAUUCCGUUUCCCAACUUAACGGACCUUCUGCCAUCAACCGCCGAACUGCCAAAGUAAUCGGCUCCACUUUUCAGCUGGAUGCUCGCUAUGAAAUUAUUGACACUCUCGGAAGCGGCGCUUACGGAGUAGUCGUCUCAGCACGUGACACAGUAACAGGAGAGCAUGUAGCAAUAAAAAAGAUCGAAAAAGCCUUCGAACAUUCCACAUUUACAAAGCGAACUUUAAGAGAACUGAUAAUUCUGCGGCUUUUAAAUCACGAAAACAUAAUGAGAAUCAAAACCAUUCAGUUGCCAUUAUCUCGUGAAGAUUUUGAUGAAAUUUAUGUCGUCAACGAGCUUAUGGAAACUGACUUAAGUUCUAUUAUAAAGUCUCCUCAGCCGCUAUCAGACGAACACUGCCAAUUCUUUUUGUAUCAGAUUCUUAGAGGGUUAAAGUUCAUGCAUAGUGCAUGUAUUCUGCAUAGGGAUUUGAAGCCAAGAAACUUGCUGGUCAACUCAAACUGUGACUUGAAAAUAUGCGACUUUGGGCUGGCAAGGCCGAAUAUGAAGGAGCUGAAAGUAACGUCUACACAAAUGACUGAUUAUGUAGCUACUAGGUGGUACAGAGCACCAGAAGUCUUAUUAACUUAUAAAAAAUAUACACCGGCCAUGGACAUGUGGUCUGUGGGCUGCAUUUUUGGGGAGCUUUUGCUCAGAAAACCGAUUUUGCCUGGAAAUGACGCAAAUCAUCAGCUGGAGCUGAUUUUUAACCUGCUUGGGACUCCUUCUGACAAAGAUAUAGCAAGCAUCCCACACCCUCGUUCCCGAGAAAAAGUGAUGAGGAUGACGAAAAGAUCAGGAAAAUCAUUUGAAGCCACCUUCCGCAGUGCAAAUCCUGAUGCGUUAGAUUUAUUGAAAAAAAUGCUGACAUUUAAUCCUGAUGAAAGAAUUAAGGUAGAAGAUGCGCUGGCUCAUCCAUAUCUGGCUGCUUUACAUUUUCCUGAUGAUGAGCCUACUUGUGAUCCGGUUUCUUUGUUUGAUUUUGAGUUUGAAAGGCAGGUGCUGACAAUGAAUGACUUAAAAAACUUGAUUUAUGAAGAAAUACUGCUAUAUCAUUUUCAAGGAAAAAAAGAACAAUAUGAAAAAGCUAAAAAAGAUUAUGAUAGGCAGCUGCACUUGCCUGGGAGAAGACUUUCGAGAGACAGAGAAGAAAGCGAUGAGGAAGAUGAGCUAAACUAG